UUCAAUAAACCAUAAUCAAAACAAGACCGCUUACUAGUUGCCAGGAAAAUCCCCUGAUUUUUAUAUUGUUUUGUUACUUUGCAAUGCUUUAGUGGUUCUAGGAACUUCGUUUGAUUUCAAUUCUAUUUCUUUUGUAUGAUAAAAUGACGGUAUCACAUUUAAUAGAAAAACUUAAGGUCGGAAAGCGAUUUGUACUACUCGACCUGGUAGUUCAACCAGACUGUGAAUUGCCAUGGGAUUCGGCAGGCCCAGAGAAUAAGUUUCUGACCAGAGAAGACUGGAAGUUAAUUUACCGAGAGUUGGAUUCUAUUUGUCAAAAUCAUUUCGGAGGCUCGACUGCUGGAGCUAGUUCGAAGUAUUUACUAGAUAAGGAAUAUCAGCUUCGCUUGACGAAUAAGCUGAAUAUUCUAAUAAAAUAUGAAUUCAAAUGCAAAAACCAGCGGGAUAAUUUGAAUUUCAUCUUUCACGUCUGCGACAGGAAGCUCCAUUCCCAUUGCCUGUACGUACAAAUUGUGGAUGACGUAAAGGAAAUUUUCCGGGAGUUGAAAGACAAAAAUGAAACAAUCGAACGACAGCAGAAAGAAAUCGAAAAAUUAAGAAAUUUACCGGAUUUAAGUCAAGAGUACACUCCUGCUCCAAUAAAAACUUCUUUAGAUUCUUCGAGCGAACAUUUAGAGUACAUUCCUUUUGCAAUUAAUGGUAAUUCAACACCAACCAAGACUAAGUACAAAGCUUCCAGGAUAGAAGACACCGUAAAAGUUGAACCGGAUCCAUACACUCCAACUUACAGCCAGGAGAUUGAUAUCGGGCUGCAUUCUUACGUUCCUGCAACUUUUUCAUCGCCAAAUUUGCAAACAACCGAUCAAAAAGUUGCGUCCAGCCCGAGCAAAAGUAGCUUCAAAGGUAAAAGAAGCCGUUCACGCCAUGCACAGAUAUUCGGUGGUUCAGAUGAAGAAGAGGAUAAUGAACCGUCAUCUUCGUCGCUCGUGAAGCACGACUCUGAUUUAAAUCGAAGCGUUGAAAACAUUUUCAGUGAGGAUUCUCCUCCGAAAGUGAUUGACCUGAUUGGUAGUAGCAGCGGGGAAACGCGAAAAAGUGACGACGGUAAGCGAGCCCAACUUCCUAGGAAAACGAAAACCAACGCCAUCGUUCAUAUGGAGGAAACCUGUCAAAUGAUCAGGGCUCCUAACUUUUCGCUUUCAAAACGUCGCCGCAAAGAUAGUGAAAUAGUGGGUGGAAGUUCGAAGAGUGCCAAAAAGUCUGCCAGUGCACUUGACAAAAGUGGCACAAUGGAUCAGUGGCUUAUAAAAGAAGGCAAAAGAAAUUCUGGAUCGUCGAAGGACGGUGAAUUGUCGUCUUCGUCUGGCUUUAAGCAACCUCACAAGAACAAGGAAAAUGGUGGGCACAAGACCAGCAAGAAAGCGAAAAAAGAAAAAGUUGGAGUCACUGUUGUACAGCCCGUGGAUCACGAGAAGCUUAGAGCGGAAGAAGAUGCCAUGCGUAAGACGUGUGCCGGUUUAGAUAAGCUAGUCGAAAUGCUGCCGGAGGAUAAGAGUGAACUCGACGUGCCAAUCUUAGACUGCACAAAGAUGUCGAAUGAACAAAUGCUUGCCACAUUUGCGGAGUAUCGCGGAGAGCUACGACAAAUAUUCGAUCGCUACAAAGACAAAACCGAACGCCAGUGGCAACAUGCACCGGAAUUAGUCUACUACACAGAAGUGACGGGUGUGCUAGGAGAAGACCAAACCUAUGAGAUGAUGAAACGUCUGGAGGAAGAAUUCGUUCCGGCCGAGGAUCGAGGCAAGUACACCGAAUUUUUCUCGUCGAUUCUGGUGAUGGAAUGGGGUAUUCGUAUUUGGAUGAAGCGGUUCAAUUUUACGGAUCGACGGCAGGCCUUAGACCGCAUCCGACUGCAAGAGGAGGCCAAUCCAGUGGAACUGACAUCGAGCUAUCUGGCGUCUUUGACAGGUAGCAGUAAAAAGCGACGAUAAACCGAUGAUCACUGAUUGUUAAGAGUUGAAAUGUUUUUGAAAAUCGAUUUCUUUUCAUUUUCUUUGAUUUGUAUUAUAUGGAGGCCUUAGAUCGACGUGAUGGAUACCGGCUGUUACGGUGUCUUGUUCGUAAUAAUAUAUAAAAUGUUUUGAUUCUGUAGCAGCUUUGUGUUUUGGAGUCUGUAGGCAAUGCAUAAGUUUUCUAUACCGCAGGUUAACAAGACUGAAGAUAUCUGUUUCGGAUCCUAUCUGUUUGUUUUAUCCUCUUUGAAUUAUUACAAUAAUAAAGAUACA